AUGGAUCCCAAUGAUCUAAAUCGUCCUCCCACAGGAUUUAGUAUACAGCCUUAUCACUUUCAACAUGAUCCAGCCGCGUUUCCAGAACAUCCAUUACCACCGCCACCAACACCACCGCAACAUCAUCAUCAGCCAACACCAGCAUCGUAUGACCAUCAGCCUCUACUCUCCACUGUUACAUCAGGUCCACCACCACCACCUCCACCCAUACACGGCAGCAUUCCUUUAAGCAACAAUCAUAUGCAUCAUGGCGUUGCUCCUCGAAGACAACCACGUCGAUAUAAGACAACACGCAAAGUCAAGCUACACCGUGGCCACCUUGUGCUUGAUUGUCCAGUGCCUUCUCGUUUAUUACAAGCGGUACCUGCCAAAGAUUACAAAGAAUUCACAAGCAUGCGAUACACAGCAGCAACAUGCGACCCUUCGGAAUUUGUAUCCGAUGGCUACAAUUUACGACAACAACUCCUUGAGCGAAACACUGAAUUAUUUAUCGUGUUGACCAUGUACAAUGAAGAUGAAGUUUUGUUUGCACGUACGCUUCAUGGUGUGAUGAAAAACAUUUCGUAUCUAUGUGCGCGUGACCGAUCACGUGUUUGGGGUCCGAGUGGUUGGACAAAGAUUGUUGUGUGCAUUGUUGCUGAUGGGCGUGACAAGAUCAAUCCACGGGUACUUUCACUUUUAGCGGCAUUAGGCGUGUAUCAGGAUGGUGUUGCCAAAAACAUUGUGGGUGAUAAAGCGGUGGAAGCACACAUUUACGAGUACACCACACAGCUCUCCAUUGAUCCUGCAAUGAAAUUCAAAGCCGCUGACAAGGGCAUUACGCCAUGCCAAAUCUUACUUUGUAUCAAGGAAAGAAACAAGAAAAAGAUCAAUUCCCAUCGAUGGUUCUUUCAAGCCUUUUGUCCUCUCAUCCAACCCAAUGUCUGCGUCUUGAUCGAUGUUGGCACGCGUCCUGGUCGUUCAUCCAUUUAUCAUUUAUGGAAGGCGUUUGAUAUCAAAUCCAAUCUUGCUGGUGCUUGCGGAGAAAUAAGAGCCAUGUGUGGAACAGCGGGAAAGGCAUUAUUUAAUCCCUUGGUGGCCUCACAAAAUUUCGAGUACAAAAUGUCCAAUAUUCUUGAUAAGCCUUUGGAAUCCGUAUUUGGGUACAUUUCAGUAUUGCCAGGCGCAUUUUCAGCUUAUCGUUAUUCGGCCUUGCAAAAUGAUGCCGAUGGUCAUGGUCCUUUGGAAAAGUACUAUCUCGGCGAAACCUUGCAUGGUGGUGAUGCCGACGUCUUCACAGCCAACAUGUAUCUCGCUGAGGAUCGUAUCUUGUGCUAUGAGCUCGUAGCAAAAAAGAACUCGAAUUACGUCUUACAUUAUGUCAAUCGAAGCUAUGGAGAGACCGAUGUACCUGAUAGGGUACCUGAAUUUAUUGCCCAACGUCGCCGAUGGCUCAAUGGAUCGUUCUUUGCAGGCGUUUAUGCCUUAUGGCAUUGGCACAAGGUGUGGAAAUCCAAUCACUCUUUGAUACGCAAGAUGAUGUUCAUGGUUGAAAGCGUAUACACGGCCUUCAACAUGCUGUUUACUUGGUUUGCCAUGGGCAACUUUUACCUUACCUUCUACAUUUUGACAGCGGCUCUCGCAUCAGAAUCACUGGAUCCAGCACCCUUCUCAAGCACUGUAGCUAAUGUGCUACAUACGAUCUUCAAUUACAUUUAUCUUUUAUUACUCAUUAUCCAAUUUAUACUGGCGCUCGGCAAUCGUCCUCAAGGAAGCAAGUUGGCUUAUACAGCUAGCUUUAUCGGAUUCGCAGCAUUGAUGAUCUACAUGAUCUUUGCCACUUUAUGGAUUACAGUGGUUGGUGUCCAAUCAGCUGUAAAUGAUUCUGGAAGCUCCUUUGGUGCCAUGCUUGGUGAUGCUUUAUUUCGCAACAUUAUUGUUUCAUUAUUGUCAACGUAUGCGUUGUAUCUUGUCGCAAGCAUAUUGUUUCUGGAUCCAUGGCAUAUGUUUACGAGCUCCAUACAAUACAUAUUGCUUUCUCCAAGUUAUACAAACAUCCUCAAUAUCUACGCAUUCUGCAACACCCAUGAUGUUUCAUGGGGAACCAAAGGCGAUACACAAGUCAAAACCGAUUUGGGUGUGGUGAAAACGGGCACCGAAAAGGAGGGAGAUCAAACAGUUGAAGUGGAAGUGCCUACCAAUCAAACCGAUGUUGACGAGGCGUACGAAAUUGCAUGCAUGGAACUUCAAACAAAGCCUCCAGCAGAAGAAGAGCAUUGCGAUCCACAAACCAAACAACUCGACUAUUACCGUACUUUCCGCACACGCAUCGUCUUAACAUGGAUCAUUAGCAAUUUAGCAUUGGUGGUGGCUAUUACCAACUCGGCUUUUGAUGGCAUUGGUAGCUUUGAUACUCGAAGCAUGAUUUACUUGGGAUUCAUCUUGUGGAGCGUAGCAGCAUUAUCUCUUUUCAGAUUCUUGGGAUCUUGUACCUAUCUCAUCAUCCGCAUAUUCACAGGCUAG